UUGGUGGGUGAAUCCGACUGAAAGAAAUUGGUAAACAUCACGUGAGUUGACCCGUUCAUCCCAAGUUUCCCAACAAAGAGAAGAAACAUAGAAGCAAAAAUACAAUUUCUCUCCUCCAUACCAACGCAGCUUUCAUACUAUGUCGACUUCUCAAGCAAUUAAAAGCAAAAACGUUGGGUACACUCAUUUUGUAUCACUUCCAUUGACCUUGCCGGAUGAAAUGGUCACCAAGCUCAACAACUUUAAGAAUUCGCUUCUUCAAACUAAUAAAGGUUUGGGAAUUGACAAAUCCAUUCUUAUUAAGCCAAAUACAUUACACUUGACUGUGCAAAUGCUGAAGCUUUCGAAUACUAGUCGAAUUGAAGUUGCUGCUGACGUUUUGCGGAGGGUCUCACCAAAAGUAAUGGAUGCUUUGGAGCAACGUCCUGUGUAUAUAAGAUUGAAGGGUUUGGAAUGCAUGAAAGAUAGAGGUACUCGAGAAAAAGCUUAUGUUGUACAUGCUCCUCUGGAAGUAAUUGGUGGUAUACCCAGACUUAAACGUGCCUGUCGGGUGAUAAUUGAUGCGUUCGUUGAAGCUGGUCUUGUUCUUGAAAAGGAUGCAAACCGUGGGUUACUGUUGCAUGCCACAAUAAUGAAUGCGGGAAAUAGAAAAAGUAAAACAUCAGGAAAAACUGAGCCUUUUGAUGCACGAACAAUUUUUGCUCAAUAUGGCAAAGAAGAGUGGGGAGAGUGUUAUAUCCGUGAAGCUCAUCUUUCACAAAGGUUUGUCUACGAUGACAAUGGUUAUUUCCAUUGCUGUGCUUCCAUCCCAUUCCCUGAAGAAAAGCAGGGUGCGUUUCCUACGAUGAAAAACUUUUUUCAGAAAAUGUUUUCUUGAAAAAUAUGUUCUACGGCAAAACAAGUGAUCAUUUCACAUUUUCUGGUGUGUGUUACAUGUAGUUAAUAUAUGACAUAUGCUUGUAUAAAAAAUUGUUUGAUGGAUCGAUGACAUUAUAUACAGUUUCUUAGUUUGUACACACUUGGACGCUAUCUACAGCUUUUCGGAUAAUCAUUUUUUGUUACCCCCUGUAUUGUGUUGUAGUAUUAGCUUAAAAACAAUAUUAUCUAGUGUUAAAAGUAUAUUGUAUUGCAUGAUUAAAUCCA